AUGGAGUCCCUGUCGGACACCCCAUGGGAUGCGAUUAUCCAGGGCACUGGUCUUCCUCAAUCCCUCUUGGCACUGGCCCUGUCACGAUCGGGGAAGAAGGUUCUUCACCUGGACUCAAACCAAUACUAUGGCGGUUCCGAGGCAGCUUUCAGUCUUGAUGAGGCCCAGGAAUGGGCGGAUGGCGUGAAUAAUGCCGUCACUGGAUCAUCGCCCUUCAAAGAAGCCUCGAUCUUCACACCACAACAGUCUGAUGAUAGACAAGAUACUUCUUUACCGAAGCUUUCUUCUAGUCGAUCCUACACCCUGUCCCUGUCCCCGCAUUUUCUCUACACCCGUUCCAAACUAAUCUCAAGCCUUAUCUCCUCGAAGGUCUUCCGCCAGCUUGAGUUCAUGGCUGUUGGUAGCUGGUGGAUUUAUGCCCCUGGACAGGCUGACUCCGGGAAUGGCGAACUCGGUGCCGAAAAGGUUCUCUAUCGCGUGCCUGGAAACCGGGAAGAUGUCUUCGCCGCAAAUCAUAUCAGCAUGAAGUCCAAGCGGUCUUUGAUGCGAUUAUUGCGUCACAUCACCAAACCUAAGGAGGAUGAAGCCCCUGCAGAGGAUGAGGAUCUGUCUAUGUCCUUCCAAGAGUAUUUGACUUCCAAGUUCAGCGUACCAGAGGAACUCCACGAUCCUCUGCUGUCGCUCACAUUGUCCCAGCUUUCUCAGACAGAAACAUCUGCUAGUUAUGCCAUUCCCAGGAUUGAGAGACAUCUAACAUCCAUUGGUGCCCUUGGACCCGGGUUUGGCGCGGUGGUUGCCAAGUAUGGCGGUGGCGCCGAAAUACUACAGGUCGCGUGUCGUGCCUCAGCUGUCGGUGGGGGUGUGUAUGCCCUAGACACAAAGCUAGGCGAAGUGUGCCACUCUCAAGAAGAUGGAGAACAUCCUCUUCAGGUCAACUUACUCAAUGGAGAGUCACUUCAGACCAAAUUCGUCUUUGGGUCGGUGGCGGAUGAUCCUCACCAAGGUGACUUCUCAAAACCUCAUACCCAACUGGCCCGUUCGGUGACUGUGGUUUCGGCCACAUUCCCAUCACUGUUCCCUGUUAUGGUAGAGGGAGCUCCUAUGCCUGCCAGUACAGUUCUCAUGUUCCCAGGGAAAACCUUGGGCAACCCUCACUCACCGCCUGUGUACCUUCAAGUUCAUUCAAGUGACACAGGCGAGUGUCCACGCCAGCAGAGUGUUAUAUAUGGCAGUGUGGCACUUGCUGGAUCGGAGGGUCAAUCGUUGCUUGAGACCGCCGUGAACAGACUCGUGGAAGCAGAAGGUCCUGGGGCUAUCGUCCUCUGGUCUCUGCGAUACACCCAUCGGGGUCGUCUCAGCACUGACGAAACCAGGUGGGAACUUGACAGCAGUCUUCCUUCUUACUUGCGCUUCCCCCCCUCGAGCCUUGAUCUCUCGUUUGAGGAUGACACCCUUGACCUGGUCAAACAGGCCUGGAAGAAGAUCAUGGGUGAUGAAGUAGACGAUGAUGACUUUAUGAUCUUUGAAGAUCGCGAAGGCGCUUCCGACCAAUGA